AUGUCGCUCUCGUUUGAAAUCAAUCCUCGUUUUCUGGUCGAAAAUAUACAUGAAAUAAAACAGAAUUUUCAACCGAUCAAUUGUUAUGAACAGGAAUCACUUGUGUCUCUCGAAGAAGCAUGCCAACCAUUCGAAAAUAUGCUUGGUACAGAACUGCAACUAUACAUAAAUGUUGCCAAAUUGAAUUCUAAAGAACCUAAACAAGGAUUAACUCAAGAUGAAUCAGCAUCGAUCUAUCUGUAUACAAUGGAAUGGAAUCAAUCACAAAACAGUCUUUAUGUACGUCUUAAUCAAGCACUUUGUGCUAAUGAUAAAAAUCGACUUGAACCUUGGUAUAAAUAUCUCAAAUUAUUGUUUACGGCACUCUUCAAAUUACCAUAUACUGAACAACAUACUUUUUGGCGUGGUAUUGCUAAAGAUGUCAGUGAACAUUAUCGAGAAGGUGAUAAGUUAACAUGGCGGUCGUUGACUUCUACAACAUCUCCAAUCGAUGUUCUUCAAUCACCAAUGUAUUUGGGUAGAGAAAAAGUACAAACAAUAUUUGUUAUCGAAACAAAACACGGAAAAUUUAUUCAAGCACAUUCACAUCUUGUGAAUGAUAAUGAAAUUCUUCUUUUACCUGGAAUUGUUCUAAAGGUCAUAGGAUCAUCAAAACAAACUGAUGCAAUUCAUAUAAUUCAUUUACGUGAUGUUGAAUCAUUCGAUAGCUUAAUAUUGAAUCCGAUUCCAAAACUCAAUCAAUAUCGCAAUCCAAGACUCGAAGAAGUGAUUCGAGCAUCAGAAAUGCGUAGUAAAUUAUCUUUAGAAUCCAUGAAUUUAAAUGAUCAAGACAUCGAAAUAGUUGUUAAGUUAGGUAUUGUUGAAAAGCAAUGUAUGAUACUCAAUUUAAGUGAUAAUGUAAUCACAUCUGUUGGUGCUUCUAUCUUGUCUCAGGUAUUUCUUGACAAUCAAACUUUCAAGUCACUAAUACUUGAUAGCAAUCGAAUAUUAGAUACAGGUGUUGAAUUUAUUGCUAGAGGAUUAGCAAAUGCAAAUCUUUGUUUCAGAACUCUUUAUUUGGAUUCUGUUGGUAUGUCUGACACUAGUUGUAAAUACCUUGCUGAGAUGAUUCGAAGAAAUCAUGGAAUAAUCUAUCUUUGGUUAAACAAUAAUGAAAUUAGUGAUCGUGGAGUUCAAGUAUUACUUGAGACGAUCAAAUCUUGUGACUGUGGUAUCGUAAUGAUAACUUUAUCUGGCAAUGCAUUAAUAACUGAUGCAAGUGUAGAUAUUAUUUGUUCUGCUAUGUUUGAAAAUCGUAUCUUUCAUCAAAUACAUAUUUGUAAUUGUGGACUGUCAACGGCAGGUAAAGAACGACUUCAAGUCGCAGCUCAACAAACAUCAUUCAUCCUUUAUGUGUAA